AAAAGGAUUACUGUCUUGAGUUUGAUUGCAGGGGUAAAAAGAAUUUGCAAUGACACAUCCCCGUAUCUCAUCCAAAUUGCCUCCUGAUAUCGAUCCCACAAAAGCCCCUAUUGCAUUUGGCCGGAGGGCCCUUCCUAAACUCAACGAGGAAUUGCAAGAUCCUGACCUGCUGACUCGGCAGCGGGCGCUGAUGUCACUGUGUGAUAUGGUGCAUGAUCCAGAGAAUGCAUACCAAGCAAUAAAUGUAGGAUUUCUAGAUAACUUGAAAAAGCUGCUUUUAGAUGAAGAUCCAACUGUGCGAGAAAAAACAACAGAGGUUCUAUAUAUAAUGGCUACACAUAAUGUUGGCAGGUACAAUUUUAUAAAAAAUAGAAUCAUUCCUGCCGUAGCACAACUUUUGGAUGAUCCGGUUGACAUCUGUCGGUGGAACAUGCACUAUACAUUGAAACUAAUGUCAGAAUUGACUACAGGGGCUGUUGAGAUUGUGGAAAGUAAUCUGAUUCCCUCUCUAGUACUCAAGCUGAAAACAGAGAAUGAAGAGAUCCAAAUACUGCUGUUGGAGACACUGACAGGCUGCCUGCGUGUUGAGGCCUUUGAAGCCUUGGCCACAGGAGCUGUUGGCAUUCUGAAGGAGAUGCUCAACCACGCUUCUGUGGAGAUCAGGAGCAGAGCAGCUGAGGCCCUAAUGACCAUCAGUGUCCCUUUGGAGGGGAAGAAUAUGGUCUUUCAAGAGGAUGUCUUCCCAGACCUUGUCUCCUUGUUGCUUGAUGAUGACGCUGAGGUCCGAGCCAAUGCAGCUGGAGCACUGAUGAAUGCAGCAGUCACAACACAAGGGAAAUAUGCUGCAAUCAACGCUGCCGCCAUUGAGACUCUCCUGCCGCUGAUCCAUGAUGAAAAGGGCAAAGUCCGUCUGUACUCCAUCAAGGCUUUGACCAUGUUGUCAGAAGCUCCAGAGGGACGCAAGUUAUUGCUGUGCCACGUGGAAGACUUUGAGGAGCGGAAGAAAGACCCCAGUGAGGCUGUGAGAAGAGCCGCCAAAAUUGCUGUGGAAGUCAUUACCUGGAAACCUUAA